UCCGAGUGAGAGCAAGAGACGAGAGAGAAGCAGAGCAGAGUACACAACAUACUGCAGAUUUGCAAUCGCGUCGCGAGAUCACAGGUAAAACCCACCAAGAUGGCGCACCAGGAGGAGGAGGCGGCGGCGCUGCUGACGCCGUACAAGAUGGGGCGGUUCGAGCUGUCCCACCGGGUGGUGCUCGCGCCGCUGACGCGGUGCCGCUCCUACGGCAACGUGCCGCAGCCGCACGCGGCGCUGUACUACUCGCAGCGGGCGACCAGGGGCGGCCUCCUCGUCGCGGAGGCCACCUGCGUCUCCGCCACCGCGCGGGGCUACCCGGAGACCCCCGGCGUCUGGACGCGGGAGCAGGUCGAGGCGUGGCGGCCCAUCGUCGACGCCGUCCACCGCAAGGGCGCGCUCUUCUUCUGCCAGCUCUGGCACGUCGGUAGGGUCUCCACCAACGAGUACCAGCCCAAUGGCCAGGCGCCCGUCUCGAGCACCGACAGGCAGAUCACGCCGGACGAUUCUGGCAUCGUGUACUCCAAGCCCCGGCGGCUCGGCGCGGAGGAGAUCCCCCGGGUCGUCGACGACUUCAGGCGCGCCGCGCGGAACGCCGUCGAGGCCGGGUUCGACGGGGUGGAGAUCCACGGCGCGCACGGGUACCUCCUGGAGCAGUUCAUGAAGGACGGCGCCAACGACCGCGCCGACCGGUACGGCGGCAGCCUCGAGAACCGGUGCCGCUUCGCCGUCGAGGUGGUCGACGCCGUCGUCGGCGAGGUCGGCGCGGGCCGCGUCGGCAUCCGGCUGUCGCCGUUCCUGGACUACAUGGACUGCUCCGACUCCGACCCGGUGGCGCUCGGCGCGUACAUGGUGCAGCAGCUCAACAAGCACCCGGGGUUCCUCUACUGCCACAUGGUGGAGCCUCGAAUGGCCAUCGUCGAGGGCCGCAGGAGGAUCACCCAUGGCCUCCUGCCCUUCCGGAAGCUUUUCAAUGGCACGUUCAUCGCCGCCGGAGGGUACGACCGGGAGGAAGGGAACAAGGUGGUCGCCGACGGAUACGCCGAUCUCGUCGCCUACGGGAGGCUCUUCUUGGCCAACCCGGACCUGCCCAGGAGGUUCGCGCUCGGCGCGCCAUUGAACAAGUAUGACAGGUCCACCUUCUACACGCAGGAUCCUGUCGUUGGUUACACGGACUACCCUUUCCUUGAUGAGAAGGACGAAGACUCGGCUGCUUCUGCUUAGUUGUUAGCUAAACCACCAUCAAAUUGACAGUGUUCUUGUGUCGCAGUGUGCUGUGUGCACUAUAAAUGUGAUGCGGGAGAGGUGCCCCUCACUUACACCCUACUCUGUUGAUGUUUAUAUAUGCCAAUUUUGAGCUUA